CGGUCCCUCUGCAUCCCGCCUGGGACGUGAAUCAUCCCUUUGUCCAGUGUUACCCACUGUUGGUCACUUAGCCUCUUGCUUAUCAGAUCAACUGUCCCGGUAUCACAGUGCUUGUGUUGAAGUCACCCUGAUUUUACUUAAUAAUGGCACAAGAGUAGUGAUGUUGGCAGUCCGGAUAUAGCAAAGAGGAGUCCUCAAGUGCUUCCUUUGAGUGAAAAGGUGAACAUUCUCUACUGCAAAAGGAAAGAAAAAUAAUCGUAUGCUGAGGUUGCUAAGAUCUAUGUUAAAUGAACUGGUGGUGGGAGACACCAGCGGAAAGCUGUCUGUGUAUAAGAAUGAUGACAGCCGGCCAUGGCUCACCUGUUCCUGCCAGGGAAUGCUGACUUGCGUUGGGGUUGGAGAUGUGUGUAAUAAAGGAAAGAACCUGGUGGUGGCAGUGAGCGCUGAGGGCUGGUUUCACUUGUGUGACCUGACGCCUGCCAAGGCCCUGGAUGCUUCUGGGCACCACGAGACCCUAGUGGGAGAGGAGCAGCGUCCGGUCUUCAAGCAGCACAUCCCAGCCAACACCAAGGUCAUGCUGAUCAGCGACAUCGAUGGAGAUGGGUGUUGCGAGCUGGUGAUAGGUUACACAGAUCGUGUGGUGCGGGCCUUCCGCUGGGAAGAUCUGGGUGACGGCUCUGAACAUCCGACAGGGCAGCUGGUGUCACUUAAGAAAUGGAUGCUGGAGGGUCAGGUGGACAGUCUCUCGGUGACUCCAGGGCCACUGGGUGUACCUGAACUGAUGGUAUCGCAGCCAGGCUGUGCUUAUGCAAUUCUACUGUGUACCUGGAACAAGGACACCGGGCCCCCUGCUACCUCUGAGGGGCCUGUGGAAGGCAGCAGGGAGACUCCAACUGCCCGAGAGGUCGUGCUUCACCAGACGUCCGGCCGCAUCCACAACAAGAAUGUCUCCACUCACCUCAUUGGCAACAUCAAACGAGGCCACACGCCUGACAGUGGUGCCUCUGGCCUCUUUGCCCUCUGUACCCUGGAUGGGACACUGAAGCUUAUGGAAGAAGCGGACAGACUGUUGUGGUCGGUGCAGGUGGAUCACCAGCUUUUUGCCGUAGAGAAGUUGGAUGUCACGGGCAACGGGAUCGAGGAGGUGGUUGCCUGUGCCUGGGACGGACAGACAUAUAUCAUUGAUCACAACCGCACGGUUGUCCGCUUCCAAGUGGAUGAGAACGUCCGAGCCUUCUGUGCAGGCCUGUAUGCCUGCAAAGAGGGCCGCAACAGCCCCUGCCUCGUGUAUGUCACGUUCAACCAGAAGAUCUACGUGUACUGGGACGUGCAGCUUGAGCGGAUGGAGUCGACCAAUCUGCUGAAGCUGCUGGAGGCUGAGCCAGACUACCAGAGCCUGCUCCAGGAGCUGGGCGUGGAUCCUGACGAUGUCCCAGCAAUCCGCCGCCUGGUCCACCAGACCCUCUACCAUCCCGACCAGCCACCACCGUGUGCUCCUGCAAGCCUCCAGGACCCCACCUAGCUGGGCUCGCCCUGCAGGCUGAGGAAGGAUCCUCCUGAACCUCACCUCCCCCCAGGUAUCCGUGGUAUUGGCAGGAAGGGAAGAUACAUUCCCGAGGACCAUGGAAGGACGGAAACGACUCCAGGGUGACUGUGAACUCUAGAACUCACGGUCUUCUUGGUGAAAGGAGACGAGUUGAGCCUCGCCCCCUUUUCUCGUGUCCCUCACCCAUCACAUCAGCAGUGGGUCGGACCCCAGCCUUAUCCCACAUCAUCUGGGACUGCGCCUCUCCCACAGCUCCCCACUCGUGUGUGGAAAGUAGGCUUGUUGGUGAGGAGGGAGCACAGAUCUCUCGCAUGGCCCCACACGCAUAGGAAACUAGGUUUGGGCCAGAGGAGCGGUGAGGUAAGGGCAAGCUUUGUCUUCCGUGGCACAGCUCCAGGUCACUGACAGUGGGACUCCUGACAGGAAUGGCAAACGAUCUGUUUCGUGUUUGAGGGGUCCUUCAGGACAUGUUACAGUCUGGCCUUCCUGUGUCCCCAGCAACCCUGAGGUGAUUUUCUUCUCGUUUCCAAAUAAACUGGGCCAGCACUGUCUCAUUUUGCCGUAUUGUCAAGUAGAGUGCAGUUUCAUAGGCCUUGCUCCAUUUCCCACCCACCCAUUUUCACAAAAAUACCUGAUUGUGUACUAAACAGACAUUUAAAAUCUGCUGCAGGUUUAUGAUCCAGACCACAAUCAGAAUUAUAUCUUGGGCUGUUUUUAUCGUUUGUGCUCUUAAUUCUGUGUGCUUUAAAUCACUCUUUCAAAUUGUAGGUUGCAAUCUUUUGGUGGGUUGUGGUCAGCAUUGUUUUG